UCCUCAUCUUUAUCAAGAACAGUUAGAGAUCCUGCUUUCAUCUUUCCAUCCCUCUUCCAUCGACGCAAGCUCCACCUCGUCUAAAGUAAGUCUUCACGCAUCUUUUUGGGGGCAAAAAGCCAUCGUCCGUCACGCGUUUUCUUCAAUGCUCUUACUCCUUUUAAGCUUCAACAUUCUCUAUAUAAGGGAUUUAUUAAGGGAAGAUCCCUCUAUGCCCUCUUUCUAGCCUCCUGAAAUUGUGAGUGUGAUCCAACGGGAUAGACUGAUCAUAUUUCGUAAUCCUUGAAUAGAAACGAGUCCACAGAGCCAACCUUCUUGAUCUCUCUUUCUUGUUUUUGUCCCAAGUUCCUGAUAUAUGGCCUCUUCCGAAAAGAAUUACCAUGUGUUCGUGAGUUUUAGAGGCACGGACGUCCGCAACACCUUCCUACGUGAUCUCUAUGCAGCUCUGGAUCAGAAAGGGAUAUACACUUUUGUGGAUAGCGAGGAGCUUAGGAAAGGAGAGCAAAUAUCGCCGGCGCUUAUGAGGGCGAUCGGGGGAUCGCGUGUCGCCAUCAUCAUUUUCUCCGAGGACUAUGCUUCCUCGCGGUGGUGUUUGGAAGAGUUGGCGAAGAUCAUGGAGUGCAAGGCACGGAAGGAGCUGAUUGUGUGGCCAGUGUUUUACAAAGUCGAACCAAGAGGUGUGAGAAGGGGGAUGAAGGUGCAUGGGAGAGCUAUGGCUAAGCAUGACUCCGAUUCCGAGAAGGAUCUGAAGACGGUGGAGACAUGGAAUAAAGUUCUCUUCGAUGCCGGUAGCUUGUCUGGGUGGGUUUGCAAUGAUGGAGAUGAAGCAGAGGUCAUACAAAGCAUCGUAAAGGAAUUACCACUUCAUCUAGAGCGAACACCCUUGCAUGUUGCUGAGUAUCUGGUUGGAAUAGAUUCCCAAGUUAAAAAACUAAUAUCAUUGUCACAAAAAGAGUCAGAUGGUGAUGAUGUUCUCAUGAUAGGUCUAUGGGGACCUGGAGGAAUAGGGAAGACGACAAUUGCUAAAGCGAUAUAUAAUGCUAUUGAAACACAGUUUCAGGGAGCUAUUUUUUUGGACCGAGUUAGAGAAACUUCAAACAAAUGCAAUGGUCUAGUUAAGUUGCAAAAUAGACUUCUCUCUCAAACAUCUCGUAGACAUCUAACGGUCUAUAGUGAAGGUGAAGGAAGUAGUUUGAUAAGAAAAAAACUUUGUCACAAGAAGGUUCUCCUGGUUCUUGAUGAUGUUGAUCACUUGGAUCAACUGAAUGCAUUAGUUGGACAAGGCAACUGGUUUGGCAAAGGAAGUAGAAUCUUUGUAACAUCAAGGGAUCGACAUUUGCUUACUUCUUCUCAUUGCAAAAAUUGUGUGUAUGAAGUUGAAACUUUAAAGAAUGAUGAGGCGCGAGACCUUUUUGUUUGGCAUGCCUUUCCAAACGGCAAGAAAGUUGAAAUAAGGGAGGAUCUCAUAGAUAGAGCACUGCAUUACGGUAGUGGCCUUCCAUUAGCUCUUGAAGUGUUGGGCUCAUUCUUACGUGGAAGAAAUGAACCAGCAUGGGAAAGUGCACUGCGUAAACUCUCCAAUAGUCCUGACAAAUACAUUGACCGAGUUUUGAAGAUAAGCUUCGAUGGAUUGGAGGAGAAUGAGAGGGAGAUUUUCCUUGACUUUGCUUGUUUCUUUAAGGGAAAAAGUAUAGAAUACAUCAAAAAUGUUCUUGAUGGCUGUGGCUUUGAGACAACUAUAGGAAUAGAAAUUCUCAUUGACAGGUCUUUGAUAAGAAAUGAGCAUGGGACCCUGCAAAUGCAUGAUUUGGUUCAGUUGAUGGGUCAGAAUAUUGUUAAUCAGGAAUGUACUAAUGAUCCUAGGAAGCGCAGUAGAUUAUGGCUUUUGGAAGAUGUUCAGGACAUUCUAUGUGAAGACACGGGAGUGAAUGCAGUAAAGGCCAUAGUAUUGGACUUGCCCGCACUAAAAAGGGGAAGAACAAUGAUUCCCGAAGAGAGAACCAUAAGUCCUUAUGCUUUCCGAAACAUGAAAAUGUUGAGAAUGCUCAUUUUGAAAGAAGUGCAUAGCUCAUCGCAAGAUCCGAUUUAUCUCCCCAACAAUCUGAGAUGGCUUGAAUGGUCCAAUGCCCCAUUUCUAGAAUUUGGCUCUGUUCAGAAGAAGCUUGUUGGACUUGAUAUCCAGAAAAGUCACAUCAGACAAGUAGACGGCAAAUUUAAGAAUUUUGAAUGUUUGAAGUACAUCAAUUUCCGUCAAUGCAAGUCUCUGGUUAGUGUUCCUGACCUUUCAUCAAUUCCAAAUCUGGAGAGCUUGAAUCUUGAUGGGUGCGAAAGCUUGGUGGAGGUUCACCAAUCCGUGGCGUGUCAUGACAAGUUAAAAUUUUUGUCACUACAAUUUUGCUUUAACCUCACUAACUUUCCUCACACACUCAAGGCAAAAUCUCUUCAAGCCCUCGAUCUCGUUGGUUGCUCUAAACUCGAGAAGUUCUCCGAUAUACCAGGAAAGAUGGAACAUCUAGAAGAGCUUGAUCUAGGUUGGACGGCUAUUAAAGAACUGCCUACAUCAAUUGAAAAUCUUGUCUCCGUGAAGAUAAUAAAGUUAAGAAAAUGCAAAAAACUCACAACGCUCCCAUCAAGUGUCUAUAAGUUGCAAAAUCUCGAGCAUCUGGAUCUCGGCUGCUCCAACUUUGUCACGUUUCCAGAGAACUCGGAGGAUUCAACCAAUCCUAAUGGCAAUCCAGGAUUCCGAAAUUUACACCGGCUACAUCUUGAUGGCUGCAAUCUCUUAGAAGUGGAGUUCCUUGAGAGUUCUUCCUGUUUUCCCAACUUGGGGCACCUAGAUCUUUCCAGAAGCAAGUUUACUCAUCUGCCGACAGGCAUCAACAAAUACCACGAUUUGGAACACCUGUGGGUCAAUAAAUGCAAACAGCUACAAAAGAUUCCUCAGCUUCCGCCAAAUGUGCAUAUCCUACGGGCACGUGGUUGCAGAUCUCUACAGGAAUUUCCAGAUUUGUCGAGUCUCUCCUCCAACUACCUUGACGUUGACGUGUCAUCAUGUCGUGAAUUAUUCCGCAAAGGGGCAAGUACGGCUCAUGUGUUAUCACGCAAGGAGCUCCUGAAGAUGACAAAGGCUGACAUUUUGCUGACUGGAACAGAGAUGCCAGAAUGGUUUCUCCCCUGUAAAGACGGUUCCAUAUCUUUUAUGGUUCCCAGGGACUCGUAUGACAAAUUCGUAGGACUAGCACUCUGUUUAGUUCUUGGCCCGGAGGAAGGAGAAGUGGGCUGUGGCAUCGAAAUUCUUGUCAAUGGCCAAAGAGUGUUUUGCCUGGCAAAAGGCAUCUAUUUUCUGAAAUCCGAUCUUGUGUGGGUUACAUAUCUCCAAAGGAGUGAGCUGUAUCAUAUGUGUGAAGAAAGGGAGGUUCUGCGAGAGGAUUGGAACCAUUUCCAAGUUCACGUCACCGCAGACAAAGGAAGAUUGAAGAAGGUCGGAUUCCGUCUAAUAUGCGAGCAACAAGAGGAUGAGCUGAGGAUCGAGCUCCAACACCAUCGGCCGACGAAAAAAGGACUUUGGAGGAAAGUGACUCGGACGAAGACAAUUGGAUAGACACCAAGGAAGAAGAAAGUUCAAGUGAAACAGAUGAUGAACUUGUCAAAGCAAUUGACCAAGAAAAUGAAAGACGCUCACUUACCUUAGCAGAGAAGAUGAUCAUGCCUUCACGAAGAGAUGGUUGUAGCGGUGGUCAUGGUGGCUGUCAACGUCUCUUGUUUAGGAAGCGACUCUUGAGGGAGCAAGGUAUGAGAUUCUGAUUCCAGUGCCUUUUGCUUUUCCCUUGUUCUUUUUUCAGUGUCUACUGUAAGUUUUUGGAUGUGUGCUCCUUCAGUUCAAGUGCAAAAAUCAUUAUGAAAUA